GCUUAACAGCAGAAGCAAAUGCGAAAGGUCCACGUUCACAGUUCUGUUCAACGUCAUGGCUCUUUUCAUAUGGAGUUACAAAAGGAAUAUAAACCGUUUUUUAACAGACGCGCAUCUAAUACAAUAUUUAAUAGUGUUGUUUGGACUAUUUAAUUUCUCUCUGGGUCUCUAUGAGGACCAAGUUGGAAAAUUUGACUGGAAGCAGAACUAUGUGGGGAAAAUUAAAUUCGCGAGUUUCGACACAGUGUCCACUGCAAAGAAAAUUAUUGUCGCGACAGAAGAAAAUGUCAUAGCCGCUCUCAAUCUUAAAUCAGGUCAAAUAUUAUGGAGGCGAGUUUUAGAACGAGGUUACGCAGGGCGAAUCAGAGCCUUGGGUGGAAUAGCAGAAGGCGAAUUAAUUUCCGUCAGUGGAGGUGUACCAGCCAUCGUGAGAGCUUGGGAUUUGGCGACUGGGCAUAUUUUAAACGAAUGGCCCAUGGCAGAGAGAAAUCCUGACAGGAUAGAGGACGUAAAGUGGCACAUAAAAGAUGGAACUUUGCAUCAUAUUUUGCCAAUUUACAAUAGUGGAGUGGAAGUUACUUCUUACGAUAGUAAGACAGGAGAGAAGUUGAAAACGCGAACCGUUUCUGCACCCUUUAUAAGUCCAGAAACUGAGUGUGUAUUGGCAGCGCCAUUUUUGGGUUGCUUAAAAGGCGAGAUCCUCUUCCUGAUUAACAUAUUUGAUCCAAAUUCAGAGUCACAGACGAUAACAGUAAACAGUAUCUUCGGUGCUGGGACUCAAGGACCUUAUUGCCUCGAAUUGGUGCCAGGCGAUAAAUCCGCACUUGCGAUUAGCACCGACGGCAAUUUGAGGAAAAGAAUUCUUAUCACUGAACAAGUUCCUACGCCGAUUAAGAAAGACAUUGCGGGCGACGCGGCUUUGUAUAUUGUAACUGUUGAAAAGGAGAAGGUCCUACUGGAAAUGAUAAAUAAGAAUGGACUCACGGAAGUGACAGCAACAGAGCUUUCAGAUUUGAUACCCCUUCCACACCUCUCAUUCACUUCGAAUCACAAUUCGUUGCAAAGUCCGACUAUUGUGGCGUCGAUAUGUCCUCGUCAAUCGAAAGGAAUAAUGUGCAGAUAUCUUGUGGCUUCGGAAGAUCACAGUCUUGCGUUAUUGCAACAUAACAAACUUGUUUGGGUAAGAGAAGAGGCCCUCAGUCGCAUUGUAGUUACGGAAAUGGUCGAACUUCCAAUGUCGGACCGGGAUCAGGCAUUAGAAACGGAAUUCGACCAGAAAGAAAGUAUUGAUGUAGACAGUUCAUGGAACGUAAUUGAUAUGAUGUUGCGAAGAAUCACCUCACAAGCCAAUCAAUUGAAAACAUUUCUUCAAUCCGUUUUGGGAUUGGAUACUCCGCAAUCGAAUCAGCGCGCAGAUUUGGUUCGUGAUAAAUUCGGUUUGCACAAAAUGAUUGUGGCCGUAACAUCAUGUGGGAAGAUCUUCGGCAUCGAGACCAGAAAGGGAGAAAUCAUUUGGCAAGUAACAGUGCCAAAUAUUCAAGGAUUGUCGAAAGACUCUGACAAAAUGAUUUUAUACCUGCAACGGGGUAGCCGACAUUUUCCCCAUCCACCCCAAUGUGCUUUAAUCGCAGCGAAUAAGGAAAACGGCAACGGCGUAUUAUUCACCUUCAACCCAAUCACUGGACAGUCGAUAGGAGAAGUAAAUAAAUUAGAUUAUAAGAUUAAGCAGUCGAUGCUUUUGCAUGCUGCCACAGACGAUUUCCUUCGCAGCAUCAUUAUCCUCGACGACAAGGAUGUGGUGCACGUCUUUCCCGAAGAAGCGACUUCAGUUGCAAUUUCUGUAGGAAAGAGCACGUACUUAUUCACUGCUGAUAGGACAACUGGCGUACUGAGUGGCUUUUCCCUUGCAUACAGUCACGAAAAGAAUCUAGUAGCUCAUAAAGUUUGGGAGUUGGUUUUCUCGCCAAAGAUUCAAAAGAUCAUUGAAAUUGUGUCAAAGAAUCCGCUCGAACGUGUUCAUUCACAAGGACGAGUGUUAAAUGAUCGAUCAGUGCUAUACAAGUACAUAAAUCCAAAUCUCGUUGCUAUUGUCACGGAAGGUGCCAGCGCUGCUCACAAAAAUACGCUUAGCGUGUAUCUGGUUGAUGUCGUGUCGGGAUCUAUGAUUUUCUCGAUGGUACACAAGAGAGUGCGGGGUCCUGUUCACGUGGUACAUUCCGAGAAUUGGUUAGUUUAUAGCUACUACAACGAAAAGAGUCGACGAACUGAAAUCGCCUCCUUGGAACUCUACGAGGGAAAGGUGCAGAGCAAUACGACUGUAUUCUCUUCAUUAUCCGCAACAAAGUUACCCAUUGUCGAGAGACAAGCAUUUAUUUUCCCUGCUUCGAUCGAGUCGAUGCGGGAAACAAUCACCGAGAAAGGAAUAACUAGUAAACAUAUUAUAGUGUCUUUGGCCAACGGCGGUGUGUUGGAAUUGCCGUGGAUACUGGUCGAUCCGAGAAGACCGGUUAAUCCAGAAAUUCGAGAAGAAGGAGUAAUCCCUUACUUGCCAGAGAUAGCAAUUCACAUGGACUCUAUUAUUAAUUAUAAUCAAAGUGUCUUUAGAGUAUCCGGGAUCCACACUAGUCCCAGUGGCCUUGAAAGUACAUGUCUAGUCCUUGUACAUGGUCUUGAUUUGUUUUAUACUAGAGUAGCUCCUUCGAAAACUUUCGACGUACUGAAAGAAGACUUUGAUUACUAUCUCAUCAUCCUCGUACUAUCAGGGUUGGUAAUCGCAUCGUACAUUACCAAGAAACUAGCCUCACAAAAAGCACAGAAACAAGCGUGGAAAUGAUGUUACUCCACAUUGUUAGAAAUUAGUUUAUUCGUGACGCGACAAUUUUCAUAAUGACAGUGCUGUUUUUUAAAAAGUAACGGGUAAUAUAUUUCAUUUUAUAAAUGGUUACAAUUACAGCAAAAAAAGUAUAAAUAUUUAAAGUUACUUCAUCCAAAGAUCUUUACUGUCUUGACUCUUUUACUGGAUCAACACACUAAUACGUAAAAUGCAUAGAAAUAGUUACUAGCAAGUGCUUUGGUAACUGAAAAAGGGAACUUUUUUUCUUAUUUCAUGGAGUAGUAAAGCUGGAAGUAAUGGACAAUUAAAAAAAAACAAUUGAAAAAAGAGCGAUUUAUCUACUGUCAAGUGCAAUAUAUUAAUAAAUAAAAAUAGUAUUUCCAGAAAAAGAGUAGACUUUACUAUCACUGUAUUUUUAAAUAAAUUUAUAAAACGUGUAGAAACGGAUCCUCUUUACAUCACAGGUUUUUUAGAUUUUAGAAAAACUUCCAUCUAAUUUAUCAUAUUUGUAUCGCAUUUUCAUUAAAAAAACCCGCAUUUACCGAAUCCACGCUUGUAACACAAAAAAUGAAGCCUGUAUUACAAUUAGUCGUAUAAUUACUAUUUGGAUGGCAGCAUACAAGUCCUCUUAUUUAAAUAUUAAAGAUUGUAAGCAACAUUUUUUAACUAGCAAAAUUAGCCAAAGAUACGAAUUAAAAUUUGAUUUUUAUCAAAAGUAAUUCCGACGGCAAAACUAAGUAAAGAGUGCAUUUGUACUCUUUAAACUGUACAAAGAGUUGCGAUUUGAAACGAAGAUAAAAUCGAUCGCUCACAAAUAAUAAUUUGACUGCCAAAUAGCAGUAAGAUUAGCAGUAACUUGACACAAAUAAAGGCAAAGAGGAAUUUUUCUUGUUGAGAU